ACCCAAUGAUGCAGAACUGCAGCUGUUAAUUGAACAAGUUCAUCUUGGGUGGCCAGCAAGAAGGAUCCAAGUCAUUUCUGAGAGGCAGAGAGGACGUGGAAUCACUUGCAGUGGACCCUCGGAGCAUCAAUGGUACAUGACUUUGGAAUUUUGUUUUGGGAAACACUAAGAGCUUGCCAGGACACGCAACAAUGACUGCUCUGCUUCUGCUGUGUAUUCUCUUGCCCUUCACCCUAUCAUUUGAACAACACAAUGAUUUGGUUGAGACAUUACGUGUCAGUAUCCCACAAGUUAAACCUUUGCAUCCUCUGCUUGGAGGCAAGGUUGUUGUCCCCUGCUACUUUCAGGACCACACUGACCCUGCAGCAACGAUUCCACCUCUUUCCCAUCACAUCAAGUGGUUAUAUGUCACAAAAGAGAAAGUCACUGCCAUCCUUGUAGCUUCAGGAGGGAGAGUCCAUGUGGAAGCAGAGUAUUUAGACAGAGUGACAAUGGUGAAUUACCCACAAGUGCCAAGUGAUGCCACCAUUGAGAUGACGGAACUGCGCUCCAAAGACUCUGGAACAUACCGCUGUCAGGUGAUACAUGGCAUUGACGAUAAUUAUGACUCUGUGGAGAUCUAUGUUCAAGGUAUUGUGUUCCAUUACCGUGCCAUCACUAGCCGUUACACAUUGACCUUUGAGAAGGCCAAAACUGCAUGUAUUGAAAACAGUGCCACCAUUGCUACUCCUGCCCAACUACAAGCUGCCUUCGAUGAUGGAUACCACCAGUGUGAUGCUGGCUGGCUGUCAGAUCAGACUGUUAGAUACCCAAUUCAUGAGCCAAGAGAACGUUGUUUUGGAGACAAGGACAAUUUUCCAGGCGUAAGAACUUACGGCAUGAGGGACAUUGAUGAAACCUUUGAUGUGUACUGUUUUGCUGAAAAGAUGUCAGGCCGAGUAUUUUACUCAACAUCUGUUGAAAAAUUUAGCUUCUAUGAGGCGGGAGAUCAGUGUACAAAACUGGGAGCAAGACUUGCCACCACUGGAGAGCUAUAUCUGGCCUGGAAGGCAGGCAUGGAUGUCUGUAAUGCUGGCUGGCUUGCAGACAGAAGUGUCCGUUACCCCAUUAACAUUGCCAGGCCUCAGUGUGGAGGAGGGGUUCUGGGAGUGAGAACCGUCUAUCUGUUUGAGAACCAGACUGGAUACCCUUACCCUGAUUCUCGCUACGAUGCGAUCUGCUUCCAAUCUGGUGAGGAUGAUGUUGCUGUGCCCAUGAGGACUACUCCAUUCCCAGAUAUCAUCAGCCUCACACCUGCACCACUUCCGGAUCCGGGCUUCACAUAUACUCAAGAAAUUAAAACUGCAGGAGUGGACUCUCUCUCCAUUGUACCAAUAUCAUCCACAGACGGCAUGGCUCCUACAGGUGUGGUUUUCCAUUACCGUCCAACAACGGGACGCUACACUUUGACCUAUAUGGAAGCCAAACAAGCCUGUCAGACAAUUGGAGCGUUGAUAGCAACUCCACUUCAGCUACACCAAGCGUUUGAGAACGGUCUGCACCAGUGUGAUGCUGGUUGGCUCCACGACCAAACUGUACGAUAUCCGAUCAUAUCACCACGAGAUAACUGCGCUGGUAACAUGUUAUUCCAUCCUGGAAUUCGAUCAUAUGGCCUGAGACCAGUACACGAACGCUAUGAUGUAUAUUGCUAUGUGGAAGGAUUGAAAGGUGAGGUCUUCUUCAGCAGUGAUUUCGACAGCUUCUCAUAUGAAGAGGCUGUGCAGCACUGUGAGAAGCUCAACACCACGCUUGCCACGACUGGCCAGCUCUAUGCUGCUUGGAAAAAGGGGCUACAUAAGUGUCGGCCAGGAUGGCUUCUUGACCGUAGUGUCCGUUACCCCAUAACAGCCCCCAGGGCCCAGUGUGGAGGAGGCCAGGUGGGGGUUCAAACCAUCUAUGCGUUCCCUAACCAGACAGGCUUCCCUGAUGAGUACUCCCGCUAUGACGCCUACUGCUUCAGAGCCGAAAGGCCCCCCACGGAGGUUGAAACCAAAAUCAACUUGACGGAUGUGGUCUCUGGGGAUUUAACCACAAUUGUUCCUGAACAUGUGCUGACAGCCGAGAUUAUUGGUCAAACCAUUAGAGAUAAUGAAAGUGAAAGCCUCCUGAAUAUCACUGUGACAGAGUUGCAGGAAUUCAUCAAUCAAUCGACUGCUUUUACUCAUCAAGUCGUCCCUCCUGUCACUCUUGAUACAUCUGGAUACAUUUCAGCUCAUCAUGAAGCCAGUGGUGACAUCUCAGGACAUCACAGCACCUCCAGUGGCAGUGGCGACACCAGUGGAUCUGGCCAAGGAGUCACCUUCUCUGGACACACAGACAUUCUCUCAGGAGAGCAAUUAGCCUCUGGUGGCCAACAGGAGGCAGAAGGUGGAAGUGUAUCAGGAUCUGCUUCUGGAGAUGGUGGACAAUAUUCUGGUGACACGAUAAAUGAAUCAGGGUCAAGCAUUAGAUGGGGUGGUAAUGAGAAACUGACAAAGGUCCUGGUCCAAACAUUGCACACCACGCUAGAAAUGAGUGGGGACUCGUUGAUUUCUGGAAUGUCUGGAUCUGGAUUUAUAUCAGGACCUGAAAGUUUGAUGGAAUCUCAUGAUUUGUCUGGAUCUUUGUUUGACAUCACUUUGGACAGGGAUAGCGAUAUUGACCUUUCCAUCCAGCCUGCAAGCGAACAGGAGGUUUCUGGAUACAAACCACUUCCAUCAGGCUACUCCAGCAGCUUUCUGAGUGGUUCAUUUUCUGGUUCUUCCGGCAGCGGUACUGAUCUUUACCAGUCUGGGAAUAAUGUCAUUAUUUUGACAGGUGACAGGAUGAGUAAAAGAAUUACACCUACCCAGGAGCCUGACCCUGAGCAGGGCAGAGGAAUGGUGGCUAUUAGUGGAGAGGGAAGUGGCUCAGGAUUCAGUGGAACAUAUGAGAUCUUGUCCACUGAACAUCCAGUGAAGCAUGGGAUGGAAGAGCAGCACAACUCUGCAAUGACAGUGGAUAAUGACACCAGCUCGACCACUGCCUUCUCCGUGUCCCUAGAUCACCCAUUAACAAGGGUCCAACCUAACAUUGCUCAAGUUGAACAUGGUUGUGCUGAUGGCUGGGUGGCACAUAUGGGAAGUUGUUACCUUCACUUAUCAGAACGACGUACCUGGUCAGAUGCUGAGGAUCAUUGUCAGGAACUGAAUGCUCAUCUGGUCAGCAUCUCAUCUGUAGAGGAGCAGCAGUUUCUCAACGCUAAAGGGCAGGAUUAUGAGUGGAUUGGACUUAACGAUAAAGAUAUUCAAAAUGAGUUCCACUGGACAGAUGGCAGUCCACUGACAUAUUGGAACUGGAGACCCAGCCAACCAGAUAAUUACAUGAAUUCCGGGGAGGACUGUGUGGUGAUGAUUGGACACGAGGGUGGACAGUGGAACGAUGUACCCUGCAACUAUUAUCUUCCGUUUACCUGCAAGACUGGACCUGCCAUGUGUGGUGAACCACCUCAGGUUGAACAUGGAAGGCCUGUUGGAGGCAUUAAACAGAGCUACCCCCUUCAUUCAAUUGUCCGCUACCAAUGUUCUGAAGGGUACACACAGCGCCAUCUGCCUCUUAUACGUUGUAAGGUGAAUGGUGAAUGGGAGAAGCCGAAAUUGGAAUGCGCAGAAGCAAAAUCUAGUGGCAGGCUCCACAGAACAACCCUCAGGAGCAGAAGAAAAGUGAUCAACAGCCUGAGGCAACAGAGGAUGCAGCUUUGAACCAAGUUGAGAUAACUUAGGAAGUCAGGUCACAAAAGAGCCUGCUACAGAGCAACAAUAAUAUGAUUGCUGGUCUGCAUACUUUUCACAAUCAUUUGUCAAAAUAAUGUGACAAUAUCACAAAAUGACAUAAUAUUAUCACAUUAUUUGAUUAUUUGAUGAUGAUAAUGCUUGGAAUAUGAUGCCUUUUAAGUCACACACUUUUAUAAUUGACAGUCAUAGUGCUCGAGGUGUAGUCACUAGAGAACGUAUUGUGCUUCAUUUAAAUACAACUUCAUUAAAUCUUGAUUUACAGACUUGAGAGGCAAAGUUGGGGUGCUUGAUUUACAUCUACUGUAGUUCAGUAUAAAUAAACAUGCCUAUGCCUAAAUAUUGCUGAAGAGAAAACUGACUCAAGCCUCACUGUCCUCUGUGCAAGAGUGAAGACUGCACUGCCUUGACCUUGCUCUCAUUUAGAGACAACCCAAUAAUAACAAUAAUGCCUAUAUUGGAAAUCAUUUCAAUACUGUACUGGGAUGUUUCAGGGUACUACUCAAAUUGGUAGGCAUAGUCAAACAUCUGGUGAGUUCUCCUGCAAGUUUUGGAACUAUCCAUAGAACAUGCUGUCAAAAUGUUUUUUCACCAUGUAUGCAGAAACAUUACACGGAAUAAAAUGAUCGAAGUUUAUACGAAUAUUUCAUUAUACGAAAAGUAAUCAUUUGCUGACUGCAACAGGUGUGAGUGUUUACAGAGAAAUUGUAAAUUGGCAGUUUAUUCUUCACAAUUUUGCUCACGGUGCACUAGCCAUCUAUCUGUGCUUUGAAAUUAAUGACCAAAUUCAUGCCUCUGAGUUGCAUUUUCAGUCUGUGAUGCUAUUUAAUCAAUGUACUGACAUGUAACAGCAAGGCCUGUUAGCUAAGAUAAAAUGAGGCCAUAAUAACAUAUACUGAAAAAU